AUGGACAACUUCGAGCUGCAACCUGCGGCUGACCUGGAGCAGGCAGAGCUUGACGGUGUGAAAAUGGCUUACUCCAAUCAGUUCAUCGCCGAUGCUCCUCCUCUUGCGGGCACAGUGGCUCCCAACCCCUUGUCUGGCACGGCCGUCACGACUCAAUUCACGGCGACGGCCUCGGGUUGGGUGGAUGAGGACCUGGCAAGCGUGACCUAUGCCUUCUACACGUUUCCGCUCGCACAGAACCUAUCUGUGGCUCCGGAUGGAGGACUGACCCUGGAUGGAGGAUUCGUACCUCCGCAGGUGGAGUGGCGGGACAGCACGAGUCCUAUCCACUGGUCCAAGCUAGGUGGAGUAUUUCAAAUCAAUGUGUCCGAUCCCGAAUUCAACUGGCAAGUUUCCAUGGGAGCUGGCUCGUACUUCACGGCCGUGGUGGUCAGGGAUGUUUUAGGAGCCAUCUCUGCAUCCUUUGCGUUGGGACCCUUGGUGGAAGUUCCGCAAGGCGGGCUCACCGUGGAGCAAGCGUCUGCCGCCAUCGAUACUGCCGUGGCCAGUGCUGUGGAAAGCGGCGAUGCCGGUGUGAUCAUGGGGAUGAUGGAAGCGCUCGUGUCAGUGCCGAUCGCCGCGAACUCCAGCGAGGAACUGAACGCGGCCAAGAAGGCGGCUCAGGAUCAGCAGCUCGAGGCACUCAAGACAGCCUCCACCAUCGUCAACACAGAUGCCGGAAGCUUGCAGCGAUUCGGCGGGGUGCUCACGGAGGUCCUGUCGUCCGGGAGCGAGUCCGGAACCGCGGACGUGGAGUCGGCCGCCAAGGCGUCGGAGGUCUUGUCGAGCGUCCUGGAUGCAGCAGUGGGUGCCGAAGGUGUGGAUGCUGCAGCAGGCAGUGCCUUGCUCGGCAGCAUCGCAGCCGUCGGAGACAGCUAUGCUGCGGCUUCGAGUGACAUGGACGAGACUUCAGCCACAGUACGCGCGGCAGAGCUGGCCGUCAUGACGUCGAAGCUGGGAAACGCAGCCCUGGCCACAACACCCGUGGGCGGUUCUUCCACAAUGAGCUCAGUGGACGCGAGUGGCAAGGGCCUUGAAAUCAACGUGAACAAGGAAAGCGUCCAGGAAGCGCAGUCCAACGGAGUCGCGGCAGACGGUGUCGAGAUCCCUCCGACUGCCGUCGGAAGUUUCUCCGGUCGACGUCUGCAAAGUGGUAGUCCUUGCGAUACCUUGGCCGUGCAGCAGACGGACUGGGUCCUGAGCAACCCGUACAGCUACUUGAACAGCAGCUUGGGCAUCAAUCGGUAUGUUCUACCGAACGCGACGGUGAAGGUGCUGGAGAUCAAAGCGUGCGACACCAUCGUAGUACAGCAAGAUCUCAAUCCACCGGUUGACCUGACCCUGCCAUUGCCCCAGCUGCCGCUGGUCCCGGCACCCACGGGCUUCGUCUACGAGCCCGUAUGUGCGCACCUGCGCACCUCGGAGCAGGAUCCGGAUUGGUCGAUAGACGCCACAUCCUGGGUGCUUCCAACCAGCUAUGGAGCCACCGAGAUAAAGUGCCAGGCCACCACUGCCGGUGGCGCCUACGUGGGCAUAUACGUGCCGAUGCCGCUGGCAGGCACAUCGACCACUGCAACCAAGACGGUUUCCCAGACUUCAACUACGACUUUCACCGCUGUCACCACCACGAAUGCGCCAUCGGAGGAUGCCGGUAUGAUCAUUGGAACCAGUGUCGCUGCGGUUGCUUUCGUUGUAGUCAUCAGCCUCUGUGCUUGGCAGCUACGUGCGGGGAACGUGAAGGUGAACGUCCCCGAUACGAAGGCGACCUGCCAACGCAUGGCCGAUUCCGUGAAGAGCUCCGUGAAGUCCGCCCGGUCCGUCGCCGUUGCUCCCUUCCAAGGCGAACCGAAGGUCGCCUGGGAAGGACAGGAAGCAGCUCCCCAGCAGCCCCCCCAGGAGCCCUCGAGCCAGGAGGUGAAGCAGGCCAAGGAGGAUGCAGAGGAGCAUUUCUGGGACUGGGCGAAGGACGUGGCGCAGGCCUCGCAGGCCUCGGGGUCCGGCGCGGCGGCCGAGCUGCCGCGCGGCCCAUCCUAUGGCCUGGGCCAAACCAUGGGAAGCACAGGACCUGCCAUCCCACGACCGCUCUACUCCGCGAAGAAGGCGGAGGAGAAGGAGGAGUACUUCCAAAGCUUUGCCCAGGAGCUGCGGGACAUCGUCGGGUCGGCGGUUCCCAACAUGAUAGAAGACUCCCCAAGCAGUACCAACAGCAUACCGAAGACGCCGCCUCCCCCUCCUCCACCGAAGCGGAGCUUGGAUCCUGCCGCUCCACCUCGACCACCCCCCAACCCACCUCCGUGGUCCCGCGAGAAAAAGACCCUGGCGGUUUCACUGCCGCCGCCCCCGGCGGUGGAGAACGCCGAGCGCAUCGAUGUGCGUGUCGACCAAGCUUUCUCGGAUUGGGCCAGCGACUUCGCUUUGUGCCUUCCGCCCAGCCCGAGCCAAGCAAAGACGGCACCGCCGCCCCCGCCACCACCUCGGCGUUCCCCGCCGCAGAGCAACAACCUGCCGCUCCCUCCCCCGAAAAAACCGAGCAGACCAGCUCUGGAGGAGAGAAGAAGCAGUGAUCCCCACGAAAUCAACCAGGUCUCAAGCCUCCGCAGCGCUGCCAUGGCUUCAGAUCCUGUUGCGGCAACACUGCCGAAGCAACCGCCGCCCCCGCCUGCAGACCGACAGACGGAGCGACAGAUGCCCCUGCUGCCGCCGUCCUUAAACACCAGGCCGGGGUCGCAGCUUGCCAUGCCAGUACCGAAGCACCUGCCGCUUCAGCUUCCUGCCCGUCCUCCAGGUGCAGUGGACGAUGAUAAUCCCGAUCAGAGAGAGCUCUCCGACACCCCGUUAGACACCGCGCUACAGCGGCCGCUCGUCGAGCGCGGUGCUGCGGUGUACCUUUACCGACUUGAACUGGAGGAGCAGAGGAGCAGAGAGCAGAGGGCCUUUGAGAGAAGAGGCUGGGCAGAGGAGAUUGCUGGCGCCGGGUUUUCACUGGGUGCUGGCUUCUUGGAAAGUGGAGCAAUGCAGGCAAAUGGUGGUGAUGGAAGUGGGCUGCCAGAUGGGCAGCAACAGCAGCAAGCAGCUGCACCGGGCCAGGCUCCAGCAAGUGGUGCUGGGCAGCCGAGCCAGCAGCAACAGGCGGAGCAGUUUGUGGACAAGAUUGUCAAGCAGAGGCUGGACCAGGCUUUUUCGAGUGUGUUUGGGAAGCUGAUUGAGUCUUCCGAACGUGCGGCAAAGGCAGCCGAGCAGCAAGCAGGAACGCAAAAGACUGACAAUUUGAUCAGGAGCCUCAAGGUGGACACUUGGAAGCCGCAGAACCGCGAGGAGGAACUCAGGACGUGGCGUGAGUGGUGGUUUGGCUUGAGCAAUUAUUUGAUUGCGAACGACGCCGCCUACGAGGACGACCUGAAGAAUAUCGACCAGGACACGGAGGUGGACCACGCCCUCUUGCCGGACGAGAUGGUGCAAAGGAGCCAGAAGCUCUAUGGGUUGCUGUGCAGCCUCCUCACGGGGAGGCCUUUGCUCCUUGUGCGCGGGCUGGAGAAGACCAAGUCCGGCUACGAGGCGGUGCGGGUGCUAAGGGCCGAGAUGGAGCCUCGCGAGAAGGCCCGCUCGUUGGCACUCCUCCGGCAACUUGCCAGCUGGAGGUUCGAUGGGCCAGGUGGGCUGCACGAGAAGCUCAUACAGUACGAGGAGGCGCUCCGUGCCUACGAGACGGCGUCCGGCAAGGAGUUCCCGAAGGACCUUGUGCUGGCGACGGUGCUGACGGGACUAAGAGAACCACUUAGGUCCCAGGUUCAGCUGAGGAUGGGGCCAUCUACGGCCUAUAGCGAGCUGAGGGAAUGGAUCCUCCAGUACGAAUCGUUGAAUACGCCGUGGGGGACGGCAGCCCCAGGGCAGCCAAAAGGUGGUGGUGGAGGACGCCAAUAUGACGAUGGGGGUCAGCAGCCGAUGGAGGUGGACCGCAUAUGGGGCAGCUACGGCUAUGGCAAGGGCAAGGCGAAGGACGGCAAAGGCAAGACCAAGGACGGCAAGGGCAAGACCAAAGAUGGCAAGGGCAAGAGCAAAGACGGAAAGGGCAAGACGAAGGAUGGCAAGGGCAAAGGCGGCAAAGCAAAAGAUGGGAAAGGCUAUGGUGGCGGGCAGCCUCGAUGGAACCAGUGGGCGAGUGCCGGCUGGAGUGACCCCGAAGGCUGCCGCAUUUGUGGGCAACGUGGGCACUGGAAGUGGGAGUGUCCUUUGGCAGCAAAGGGCAAAGGAGCGAAGGGCCCGAAGGGGAAGGUCCAGCAAGUGGAACAGGUUCCUUCCUCAGCUGCCUCAGUUACCCCGUCGUCUGCCUCGACUACGCUUCCGUCUUCUGCCUCGACUUAUCGGGGCACGGCUGCCACGGUCAACUUGGUGGAGGCCUUUGUCUCGACUCUUCCGGGUUGCCGCGUGACCGAAGUCUUCGACAUAACGGAGCUUGAUGAGGAGGGGGAGUUCUCGCUUGAGGGCAACGGGGUCCUGAGGAUCGAGGAGCUCGACUUCUACUCAGACGACGGCCACCUGAGUGAGCUUGAGGUCCUUGACUUCGACGAGGGUGGCCGCGAACCGGCUUCGAGCGAGGAGCCGGAGACCAGAGCGCCGGUGUACAAGAUGGACGCCACCGAUGACGAUGACGAUUGGACCCUGGUGCCCGGCCUGGCGGCGCUCUCUCGUGAGGCCGCCGAAGCGACCAGUGAGGAGGAGAUCGUGGCCACCGGCGUCGUUAUGCAGGACGCCCAGGGCAAGAGGAUCCACGAGCUCGGCAGCCGGGUGAUCCAUGUGACGGUCCCCACUUUGGACGGCGAGGAGGUGGUGAUCAGGGAGAAGUUCGCCAUUGCAAAAGUUGAGAGUGUGAUCCUCAGCUUGGGGAGGUUGCUGAGAUGGGGGUGGACUCUGGGGUCCCACGACGGAAAGCCAACCAUGGAAAAGGGCGAGCACCGUGUGGGAAUACGUUUGAGGAGGAACACCCUGAUGAUCACGGCCAUGGUCUCGGCCAUUUCUUCAGCAGCCCCUCCUGCGGGGGUCCGGGCCUUUAGCAGUUUCGAUGACUUGGGUCGGCUCCCGGAACCUCUUGAAGAAGUGGCUGCACGUCCUGGCGCUGGCACAUCCUGGGAAAUGGGACUGGACGUGGGUGGCAGUCUUUGUGCGCGUGGAGUCGGAUUACGAGCAGGUGGUGAAGACGAUUGCCGAGCUGGCGACCUAGAUGGGGCCCGGGACACCAUCACGCUGUUCCACGUCGACCGCCUCCCGAAGGACAUCCUGAGCAAGCCGGCGGACGUUUUCCCGGAAGGCCCCAAUGAUGAUGAGGCCCCGGUUGUCCCGGCAGAGCGGGGCACUGACGAUGAGGGGGCCGGUGCGGGCCUUGAGGUUGGAGACCUUGAAGCCAUGGCGGUUGACGGCAGGCCGGUCGAGGACGCCCCGGCCAAUGGCGACGAGGAGCUCGAGGGCGUGGCGCUCAGCGUGGAGACUCCCUUGAAGACCUUGCGCGGCCUGUGUGACAAGCUGGGCCUGUCCCGAAGCGGUGGCAAGGACAAGGUCCUAAGGAGGCUGCGAAUGCAGAGGGAGGUCUUGGAGCAGCGCAUGACGGCGGAGGUUGCCAGGAAGAUGUUCCUCGAGCAGAACCGCGAGCCCGACAUGCCAAAGGUGCCGGUGCUUCCUUCGGCCAGGCAACAGGAGCUGCACAAUAUUACACACCAGCCUUUUCAGCCGUGGUGUGAGGCUUGCGUUCUGGGGCGAAGCCGGCAAAGCCCACAUCGGGCCCAGCCGGGCGAUGAGCAGGAGGUGAGCAGCACCAGUGCAGGAGGGGGACAAGGAGGUGGAGACGGAAAUGAGCCCAAUGACGCAGCAGCCGGGACCCAGCCCAUUGACUACCGCGACCAGUUUGGCCUCACCUUGUUUGCUGCGGAGAGCACCACGGGCUGGAUCGUAGCGCUCCCCAUUCUGGAGAAGGGGGCCGGUUCUUUGAAGAGGGUGACCGAGAACCUCACCAGGCUGAGUCUCCAGAUCAGCCCCAGCGAGCCGGUCACCGUUCAGGGUGACCCCGAGCCGGCUGUGAAGCAGGCCCUUGGCGCAGUGAAGUCAUGCAGGGCAAGGCUUGGGCUGGUGACCAACACGCAGCUCAUUGAGAAGGGCAGCCACGCUAGCAACGGACGGGUCGAGAAGGCCAUCGACACUAUCAGGCGUUCGGGCCUGACCCUGCGAUGCCACCUGGAAGGGCGGAUCAAAGCAAAGAUCGAAGGCCACAACCACAUCUUUGCGUGGGUUAACCGCCACGCGGCCUUCCUCCACCGGUUCGCCAAUGGUGGCCGUGGAUCUCCCCCGUUCGAAAUCAUGUUCGGAAGGCGCUACCGUGGGAAGCUCCUCCCCUUCGGCGAGAAGUGCAUCUUCUACAAGGGCAGCAAGCACAAGGCAGACGUCCAGUGGGAGAGAGGAAUUUGGCUUGGGAUCAACGAAAGGAAUGGCUCGCGCAUCCUGGGGACCACGGCGGGAGUCACCGAGUCAAGAAGUAUUCGGCGCCUGCCGGAGCCGGAGCAGUGGGAUGCCGAAAUGGUCCUCUCAAUGAAGGGCCUCCCGUGGUCCUACAUGGGAACGGCCCGAAGGAAGAGACCUCUUUAUUCUUCCUUGGGCACCCGUGUGCCGCUGCUACCUGACAGUGCCACCUUGGAGGAGAUAGCAAAAGCAGCCGGCAAAGCAGCUGCAGAAAGCAUUGCAGCAGCCACUCCAAUCCCAGCUGCUGGCACUCCGGUGCCAGGUGUGAGCCGGGCCGGCAUCAACAUGGUCCAUGGCGACAUCCUUCCAGAGGAGCUCUCGGAUUUUGGCGCUUGGGGCGACGAAGUGAUCGACACCAUGGUGGAGGAAAGCGAGCUUGCCGGCGAGUACAGCGAGCCCUGGUGGGAUGAAGAAGGAGAGUCGCCGCCGGUGCUGUCGGAAGACGACCUCAGGACCGUUGAUGCCGAGGCCGACCAGAAGGAGAUCACUCGCCUAAUCCAGAUGGGUGUGGCCCGUUGGCCACGUGAAGGCGAAGAUGUGUCCGGCUACCAGACCUUGACAACAAAGGUCGUGCGCGACUGGCGCAAGCGCCCUGGCUGGGUUCGGCGCAGCCGUUUGGUCGGCCGAGAGUUCAGAACAAUGGCCGCGUACACCCAGGAGCUCUUCGCACCUGCCUCCACUUUGGCGACGGUGCAUGGAUUCAUAUCCUGGGCUCUCUCGAAGAACCUCCAGCUGACCACGGUCGACGUGAAGGAUGCGUAUCUCAACGUGCCGCAGCCGAGCCCAGUCACGAUAGAAGUGGAGAAGGCCAUGUUUGGGAACAGCGAGCCGGGAACAGUGACACUGGUUUUGGACCGGCUUCUUCCCGGCCAAAGGAUCGGAGCUGCCGCCUGGUAUGGGUUCGCAAAGGACAAGUUGGAGCAAGCCAGCCUGGAGGGGUACACCAAAGAGCCCACUCUCUUUAGGAGCACCAAGGAGGGCAGCGACACUGCAAUGAUCCUCCACGCCGACGACGGGCUUCUUGCAUCAACAGCAAAGGGGCGACAGGAGUUCCAGGAGAAGUUCGGGUCGGCUGUGACUCUGCAGGUGAGCGACCCUUUGGUGGAGGACGGGGACACCACUGAGUUCCUAAAGCGCAAGUACGUGAAGACGCCUGAGGGUGUGGCUGUGUACUCGAACCCCAAGUACCUGGCGUCCCUCGAGAAGAGCCUCGGGUCCAAGGUCAAGCCUCGCGACAGCCCGGUUGACAACUCGUUUCUGGAGCAAGACGCGAGCAAGGAGCUGGGGCCAGCCGAAGCAAAGGUCUACAAAGAGUCGGUUGGGAGGCUCUUGUACCUGGCCCAUUCCCGGCCAGAUCUCAAAGAUGAGCUGCCCACGGCCUUGGCAAUGAAGUGGCUCUACCGUGUUGUGGGGUAUUUGGUGGCAACGCCAGAAAUUGGCUUCACAAUCCACCCGCUGAGGAAUGGAAGCUCCUUUUCCUACGCAGGCGGGGAGCUCUUGUGCGAGAAAGGCGGGCCGUUCAAAGUGGUGCUGGAGAGCAUCACAGACGCCGACUGGGGCGGAUGCAAGCGGACAAGGAGGAGCCGGAGCUCGAUGCAGUUCUGUGCCGGUGGCUCCUUGAUCGGAUCCGCCGUUCGGACCCAAAGGUCCAUAGCCCUGAGCUCGGCCGAGAGCGAGUUCCUUGCGAUCCUCGGGGGUGCCUGCGAGGUCCUCUACCUGCGGGAUUGCAUGGCUUUCUUGGGCAGGGACGAGUUUGAGGUCCAUGUGGUUUGCCGCAGCGACAGCGCAUCGGCGCGCGCUAUCACGCAGCGCCUUGGCUGUGGGCGCGUUCGGCAUUUGCAUGCCGGCUGGCUUUGGAUCCAGGCCUCAGUGAAGGCCCAGGAGCUGUGCGUUAGCCCCAUCGCGGGGGCUCUCAACCCCGCUGACUUGGGGACCAAGCCCCUGUGUGGAAGCAGGAUCAGAGAGCUGCUCUACACCAUGAAAGCCGUUGAGCCGAGCGGCGAGCCCUACGGGAAAAGCGACAAGGAGGCAGCGGAUGAAAAGCGGGCUUUCAGCAAGGCUCUCAAAGCCUUCAGUGACAGCGGUGCCCGUGUCAGCAACGUGAAAGCGCUCAUCCCCUUAGUGCUGAUGCUGAGCCAGGUCCCGGGAGCCGAGGGCUUGGGCCUAGCAGGAGCCAGCUUUACGGAUGAUGAGUUGGCGCAGCUGAUGGUUACGUUGGCGAUUGGUGCAGUGGUGGUUGGAGUUUUCUGGGGCAUACCGUAUGCCGCCUACAAGCUACUUAAGUGGAGCUUUGGGCUUAUUUUCCGGAGCAGAGGAACGGCCACCACCGGCACCCAGACGGAGCCGGAUGAAGAGGAGCGGGACCAGCAGCGAACGCAAGCAGUUCAGGCCAACCGGGGCAUGAGCAAAGAGGAGAGGUUGUUUUCGGAGGAGUAUGUGAGGCGUUGUACAAAGCUUGAAGCCCUCUACGCCGAGAAAUGCAGAAGUGAAGAAGAUUGCUGGCGCGAGCUGGCAGAGCUUAGAGGCGAGAUCCGAAGGCAGCGAGAAGCCUUUGAAAGGCUGAGGGCCCGGUUUGUGCUCCAUGCUCAAACUUCUGCUGCUUACUCUAUGGCGAAGUGGCUUGGCGACGGAGGUAUGUCAUCCAACGCAGCCAACUGCUCAGACGACUGGAUACCGAAUCAUAACAAGAUCACGGUGGCCGGGGAUGCCACCUAUGCUCGAGAGCUGUUUGCAAGGCCGAGGCAAAGGGCACAAUUCAAUGUUGCACUGGGACAGCUUAUGCUGCGGACUGCAAGGGAUCAAGGAGGCUACAUCAGCAAUAUCAGUUUCUUUAACAACUGGGACAUGGUAUGGACGGCCUCUCAAGGGAAGGCUCUGCCUGGGCCGCACUGGUCGCCGAUGGCGGUUUCGCUUCCCGAAGGCGAGGACAAGGUUCUGCUGGGACCUCUUCUGUGGAGCCAGGGCAUACCACAUGUGAACACCGACAGGUCGCAAAACAUGUCAGGGGCUGACCAUGGAAUCCACCGAGCAGCCACGACGGAGAAUGAAGGCGAGCCUGGGAUCCUUACGGACACAGAGGCGGUGGAGAACUGGGACGUGGAGUCUGCGGAUAUCGAUGAAGCAGAAGGCCUACCGGCAGAUAUGGCAGCACCCACAACUCCGGGCGGCGGCAGGAGCCCUGGCACGACGGUGAAUGAGAUGCUGCUUCUUGUGCCUUUUGACUACAAGUCAAUGGGGGAGAUGCUGGUUCGGAUCGAGCCUCUGAGGGGAGACGAACCUGAGAAGCUGCACAGGCUUGCAAAGGAGUCCACCUCGGCAGGUCGGCAGGCCAGGGCGAUCAUCAAGACGAUGAAAAAGGAGGGCCGGAGCAAGAUGACGAACGAGGAGACCACACAGAUCGGGUCAAACGUGCCCCAGACCCACAUGGCUGCCGGCACAAACAAGGCCGAUGCUGAUGAUGACAAGGUUCCGGACACGGCGGGGGCUCCCUCUGGCACGGCAUCAAGCGGAGCCAGACAGGCCAUUGCUGUUUCGCCGAACACCCCGCCACUGCGGCCAACCUCGAAGGCAGUGGUCAAUGCGCCGUGGAGGCGUAAGCGCCAGUCGACAGGCCAGGCAUCCUCCGGCGAGGCACAGCAGCAGGCGAACCGCAAGUACAUCAAGCAGUUCUUCUCUGAGCCGCCGGCGGGUGACUUACAGGGCAGCGAGCGCAUGCUCGAGCAGUUCGACAAGGAGGAGCGAUCUACCGAGGCAGCUGGAGGAUGGAAAGCACCACCUACCGAGACGGGCCAGAAACUCCGGGUGCUGACCUGGAAUGCUGGGGGCUUAACCAAGCAAGUCUUUCAGGAAUUGGAAACUUUUGCUAGAGACUCCAGCUAUGACGUCAUCUACGUCCAAGAGACCAAAUGGUCUGAGGACAGCAACUGGAGCAACCGUGAGUUCCACUACAUCCACUCGGCGGGUGUCAAGGGAGACAAGGCAGGAGGAGUGCUAACUAUGGUUUCCACCAGAAGUGCCCGAAGAGAUGAUGUUCAAUACCUGGCGGUGCAAGCAGGCAGGCCCUACUUCAUCGACUACAAAGAUGUCUGGCAGGCCUACCACGUCAGUGGGGACAAACUCCUACCCGUCGGGGCCUACCACAAGGCUGAUCACAUGGACUUUAUGCACAUCUGUGAAGCCAUGCAAUCAACAGCCACGUCGAUGGCGAAGAAGGCUGGCACAAAACUUGAUUUCCCACUGGCUGCAUGGAGAGAUGGUGCGAGGCAUUACCCGGUUGUGGCGGAAAUCCCGAUACCGUCACAUACUUGGCACGCGCAAGCACAGAAGCCAACGGCUCAGAUCGACACAGCGCGGCUCAUUCAGGAUCUUCAGCAAGGAGAAGCACCUGAGGCACUACAGCUUUUUCGGCAAGAAGUACAGGAAAAGGCAGCGCCGGACAUUGAGCAAAUAGAGCAUGUCGUCUUGCAGGCCGCAAUCACACAUUAUCGCAAACCACCGCAGGUCACUACGGCACCUACUCAGCCAGAGGAGCUGGCGAACAGUGCGAGGCACAUGUGGCAGCUCCAUAGACAAAUGAAACAGCAAACAUUCACUGCGCAGGGCAUCUUUCAAGCUUGGUGUUUGUGGGCCCGUUUCUCGAAAGCACACUUGAUCCACAAGACCCGAUGCAAACAACGAACUAAGGCCAGGAGGGACGACCUACUUCAGCAAGCUCAAGAAGCAGCUGAAAAAGGCAACUCUCAUGCCAUGUGGCAAGUGGUUAAAAGGCUAGCUCCACGAACCAAGUUCAAGAAGGUUCAGCUCUACAAAAACGGCAUCAUCAUGGCUCCGUCUGCGGAACUGGAUUGGAUCGCCGAGGCGUUUGGUGAAAGAUAUGGAGCCAAACAUGCACAGCCUCCUCCUGAUAUGCCCAGGCAAUCUACAAAUUUCGUCCUCGAUGCGGAGCAGGUUCGGCAUGAAAUGCACCACGUACCUCUACGUAAGGCGGUGCCACCUGAUGCAGUGCCAGCUGUCGUGUGGCGAGCAUGUGUGGACCAAAUCGUUGAACCACUAGUGGAGAAGGUCAACCUGGACUGGAGUCGGCCAAGCAUCCACGUGCAUCAGGACUGGGCCAAGGCUGAUGUUGCUCUGCUUCCUAAGGGUAAGCCGAAUGCUAGCACGCCGCUAGAUUGGCGACCGAUUGGCCUGCAACACCCGGUGGGCAAGGCUUUGAUGAAAACGGUGAUCGCUGGAGCCAAGGCACAAAUCGCCACGAUUGUUGCGAAGUGGCCCCAAACAGCGUAUAUCCCAGGUCGGAGCACAGUCACGGCCCUGGCUGCCGUCUUCUCCCACUGCGACCACGUUCGAAGGGGAUGUGCAAGUGUUCGCUUCAAUCUCCAUGACAAGCAUCAGGGAGUUAUCAGCAACCGAUUCUUCGGAGGACUUCAAGUCAGCCUCGAUCUCACGGCUGCUUUCGACAUGGCAAUCGACAAGAGACUUCAUGAAGGAUGGACAUCCUCUCACGCAGUGCUCUAUGCGGACGACUCACACUUACGCUGGAGCUUUGACACGUUCCAGGGCUUCGAACAAUCUGUGAUGGAGUUGAGGUGGAUUCUCAAAAUAUUUGAGCGCUUCGGGAUGAUCGUCAACACCAAGAAGACACAGGCCCUGCUCAUGACCACGGGACCUCAGAAGGCUAAAGUGCAGGCACAUUAUAUCCGCUCAGGCGCUGAAGGCAAACGGCUUCUGCUACAGCCCAAAGAUCCCAGCAGGUGGCUGCCCCUGGUCACACAAACCGAGUACCUGGGACUCGUGAUUUCUUAUGAUCGUUUUGAGGCCCUGUCAACCAGACAUCGCAUCCAGAAGGCGAUCCAAAGACGAUGGGCACUCGCCUCGAAGUCUUCGAUCAACAUGGAGUUGCAACUAUGCUGGAGCAGCUCCAAAGGGCUCAUGGUGCUAAAGAAGCAGGACACCGCGGUGGAUGAUGAGUCGGAGGGUGAGCAGUGGGCUUGUCCAGAAUGCGAUUCCUUCUUCACCACGGCUGCGGCGCUCAAAGUACAUGCCCAACGUGCACAUGGGACCCUGGAAAUGUUCGGGAACGGGACCGACGACCUGGAGAUGGACAACUUCUUCGGAGCAGUCCGGGGCUCAAUGAACACGGAGCGCGAGAAGGAGAUGGAUGCAAACCACCUCAAAAGACGCAGGGAGGCGGGCUCAUCCUCCGAGCAUUGGGGGCGAGGGCGGUACCAGUACGGACAACAUCAGAAUCAGUGGGGAGAACACCACCACCAUUCCAACCACGGCCGGGGUCCACUGGUAUACUCCCUUGCCAAACUGGCCCUGAGACAGGAGGAAGAACUAAAGCUACUGCAGCAGGACACCUCAAUGGUCCUCUGGUUCAGCCCGGGCGGGGACUCCAUCCUGGGAUAUCUAUACCGCACGGCGGUGGAGUUCAAGAAACGGCAGCAGGCGGAACCCACGUGGGGGCUUGCUCAUACCCAGCAAGUGAUGGCCCAAGCUAUGUUCCGGGAGCUACGAGACCGACACCAGAAGGUCCUGAACACCACAGAUCUGCUCAAAAGGGCGACGGAAAUGGGAUGGCGGGAGACAGGAGGCUGGAGAUAUCAAGUUUGGAAUCCCAAACUCAAAGCUUUCGAACACGACCAAAGCCGGCCACCGGUUCCAGACACGGAGAUGUCGAACAAGCUCCAGCACUUCGUGGAUCACAUCCAGAGAGAUGUGGUACAUCGUUUCCAUUGCACACAGCGUAUGACGGAGACCAUGGAGAGCAAGAAAACGUUCAAACUGGACCUGUCAGUGCGAAACAAGCAUGCGGAGGAGGUGUGGGACCUGAUGGUGGAGCUGCAAGGGAACUGUGUUUUCCAGCUGAUUGGGCUGGGCUACAGGAAGGAGAAACUGGCCAGGGCUCCACUUGCUCAGAAAAUCCACGAGAUGCUCCGCUACUAA